AUGUCUUCCAUCACCGCCAACAACCUUCCCCCAUCCGACAGCCCCCAGGCCGGCUCCCUACUAGCUGACCUACGCCGGGAGCUGGACGACCUGUGUGCGCGCGCAGACCGCGCCAUCCACGACGCCUGGGUGCAGCACCGCGAUGUGCGCGCCCUGCUGGCCACGCCCAGCCAUCUGCAGCAGCAGUGGUGGGACAGGAGCACGGCCCGCUUUGGGGAGGACGUCUCCAAGGCGGUAAGGGAGUUCAAUGUGGGAGUGUGCCGUCUUUCGGUGGCUGACUGGAGGUUAGAUGUCGAUACUGCCCGGGCUCACGGGGAUGAGCUGGCGGAGCAGGUGUGGGAGACCCUUCGCGCCGACGAUUACGCGCCGGCGAAUUUCCAGAAGGUCGAGGGCGGCACCACCCAUCGCCUGCGGGACGCCCUCGCCGCGCUUAAGGGGGUUCGGGCUCCCGUCGAGGGCGGCGGCGGUCGCGGUUGA